AUGGACAGAAAUUCCACAGUUGAAGAUUUGUUUUUAUCAAGUAGAGUGAACAACAGAAGCCUCUUCAUGCCUUGGAAUAAUCUAACAUCUACCAAAGGUGCUGAUAAUAUCCUCCAAGAUUCCUUUGUAACCUUCAUUUCUGCUAGUAUAAUAUUCGUAGCUGGAGCUUUUGGAAACUGUUUCACAGUUAUAUUAAUUUUUGUGAAAAAAAAUUUGCAUACACCAACUUACACGGUCAUAGCUUGUCUGGGGAUCGCUGAUCUUUUGGCAUCCUUUUCCCGAUUUGCUUCAAUUCUGGACGGCUAUUAUUGGACUUUUAAUUACAUGGAGUCUUCAAUUUACCAUAUAAUUACCAUGUUCUUCCUACAUGCAGCAGAUUGCCAUAUAGUUUUGUUUGCUUAUGUACGCUGUUCAUUAAUAUCGUCACCGUUUGAAAGUCUUAGAAUUACCUGUGGAAAAAUCUUAAGGAUCUCGGCCGUUCUUUGGGUAUUAAGUGGCAUUGUGACUUUUGCUUACGGCACAGAAAAUUGGAAAUUAUUUGUUUGUACUUGGUAUUCCUUUCCAUUAAGCAUUUCAAUCUCAUAUCUUUGUCUUAUGUUGAAUUAUUGUAUAAAUCCAAUCGUUUAUUUCUUGUUUUCACCUCCUGCACGUAAGCUUCUUCUCAGUUGUAGAAGAUUUUGCUCAUGA